CGCCUCCGGCAGGCAGACCUCUGAGGCUGGAGCGCGUUCAGCUAUAGCCCACUGCUGGCUGCGCCUCUCCAACUUUGGGUUGUUUGUUUGUUUCGCGGGGUUCGCUUCGAGAGCGGGCGAGGCGAGGCGGGGGGGUCGCUGGCUGUUGCCGCCGCCGCCUUCCGCGAAAGGGCUAAAGUAGGAGUUACGCCGAGGGUCCCAGGCGUCGGCUGCGGCCGCUUCUGCGAGAGGAGCCUUGCGAGGUGCGCCCCGGCCCUUGGGACGAGGAUCCCUCCCCUGAAGACCGGUCGGGACCAUGCCGCGGCUCGCCCUUUUCGCCUGUUUGGCUUUUGUGCUGCUGGCGGCCCAUUGCAGAGGGCAAGAUUUUGACUUGGGGGAUGCAUUUGACACUGAACCUACAACUACAAAGAAGCCAGCUACAGGGUCCAAAAAGCCAACAUCUGAUGAUGGAUUUAGCUUAGAGGAUGCCCUUGGAGGUGGGGAGGAACCCAGUCAACCUCAGCAGCCUGGAGGUCACGACAACUCUGGAGGUCACAGCAACCCUGGAGGGGGAUUCAGUGAUACUGACUUGAUUGAUGGGACGCUGCCUCCACAAAAACCAGGGGGCCGUGCUUCUAACCCGUCUGCAGAUGGGCAGGGCGGAGAUUCUAAAACUGGUGAAAGUGCUGAAGGCGGUGGAAUGCUAGCUGGCAUUAUUAGCUCAGUAGCAGUGGCAGUGGUUGGGGCUGUGUCAAGUUUCAUAGCUUACCAGAAGAAAAAGCUCUGCUUUAAAGCAAGUGAUCAAGAGAAUGUUAAUAUGGAAAGCCAACAAGGAGCACAUGCUGAGCCACCUGUUCAACGCACUCUUUUGCAGAAAUCGUAAUGGAAUAUAAAGGAAAGACCAGCAAAACUGGAUAGAAAAUGCGCAUGUUCCCCCGACAAGUACCACAUAGUGCCAACAACAGAACUUGGAGCUGUAAAAGAGACUUAAAAUAAUUGUGCUGAAAUGUCUUGAGAGGGAGCUUUAACAAAUCAAAAUAGUGUCAUCUGUGGCAAACUCUGAAGCAAUGGGGUUGCUGAUAAUUGGCUUUUAACACAUUUUUGUUGAAAUAGUUAGCUUUUGUCAGAAGUCUCAUCUCUGGUUUUUGUCGUAAGAAUGCUAAAGGUGAGAUGGUUGUUGAAUUCUCUUUUGAUUCCCGCCCCCCCAGCAAAACGCCCAUUGUUUGACAGGCAAAAGUAACUGAAAGAGGUCUAGUGAAUGCAAUCCUAUGAGGAGUUAUUCCAGUCUACUUCAGUGGGCUUAGGCUGGAGUCACUCAUGUUGGAUUGCCCUCUGUAUCUUGCAAGGACUCCUUACUUAUGCAGUGUGUGCCUGCAGGCUCCAUGCAGAGAAGCACAUUGCACCCAUGGUAAAGUAGUAGUCCUCCGUCAAGGAAGUCUGACCCACUCAUGUGCUCUCUGCCAUCUCCGUGUCCUCAAGUGUAUUGCUUUACUUUCCUCCAUUGGUAAAAAAUAACUAUGGAUAUGCUUGGAAAUGUCAUUUGGGAAUGAAAGAUUAACUUUUUCCUUGUGCUGGUGGCCCUGAGAAAACCCCAUUUAUUAGGAGUCAACCCAGCUUUGCAUGGCCACAUCCUGUUUCUUGGUCACACUAGAAUCUGAGAGAGUGUUGGAAAUGUGCUUUUAAACCUAGAUAUUUGCUCUUCAGGAAGUCAGUAAAACCCCUUCUGCCAUGGACAUUUAUCUUCCUAUUCAGUACCCAGGAAAUGGAGGUGUUAAUUACACACUGCCUUAAUAUUUGUCACUCUGAAAAUAUUUUUUUAAAUAAUUUUGUCUAGUAUUUGUUACAAUUAAAAUGCAAAGAUGAUAAUUCAGAAUGCAUAUUUCUGCUCUAUAAUGCUGAUUCUGCCCUUAUCCCAACUGUAUACACUGGCAAAUUAAAAAUAAUUUGAAGACUUGGUCCUUUGUGCAGCCACUACUCCUGAGGCUGUAUCAUGUUGGAAUACCAAAAUUAAUUUGGUGAAUGCAGUCUUUCAUUGGAACUGCCCAACAUCUUGUGUCUGUGCUGCAGGGUGUGCCUUCUUAUUAUUCAUAAGUGACCUGAGUUUGUGUGAGCUAGUGCAGUUUUUUAGUUUCCGGCUCACAUAUUUUUAUCUUAGCUCAGG